CGUACCAUCGCGCAUAGUGAAACCGAGUGAGGUGCGGUUAGACCUCAGCCCUUGUUUAGAGGUGGGAGAUGAGCAACCACGGGCUGUUGGUCUUUGGUUCUAUGAGACGGUCUGUGGAGGCUGGCUGUGGCGGUGAAGGAGGUUGUCCUGGAGGAGGGACAGGGAGACGGAGGUGCGACGUGGAAACCCGCAGCGCCGUCCGUUUCCGUCUCCUGAAGUAAACAAAUGAAGUUACGGUGAAACAAUGAAAGCAGACUUUCAGUUUUCAGAACAAUCUGAUCUGCUGACAUGAAAUGAGACUCGGCAAACGGAGUAAGAACUUGUAGGAAAAUUCCGUCGCCAUGGACGAGGGACUGACUAUUACUUGUAUAUCUGUAGCGAUGUUUGUGGGCACCUUCCUACUAGGAUUCAUCCCACUGUUGUUCCGACUCUCUGAGAAAAGCCUGCAGUUUGUGUCCAUCCUGGGGGCGGGUCUGCUGUGCGGCACAGCGCUGGCCAUCACCAUCCCAGAGGGUGUGGGCUUACUGGAGGAUUCGUGGAGAGAGUCUUCCUCUGAUGCUCCAUCUGGCCUGAAUGCUAGUGAAAAAAUGGCGCCUUCCACAAAGGGAAGCGCCCCACCUCGCUUUUAUAUCAGCGUGGCUUUGACGUUCGGGUUUACCUUCAUGUUUGUUGUUGAUCAGAUUGGAGGAUACAUUUCCACGCGUGGUCAAGCAGCACAUUUGUUGAAUAACAAACACAUCACAGCCACUCUGGGGCUGGUUAUCCAUGCUGCAGCUGAUGGAUUUGCUCUGGGCGCUGCCGUCGCCACAGGUCAAGCCACUGUACAAGUGAUUGUUUUUUUUGCGGUCAUUCUACACAAGGCUCCUGCUGCUUUUGGUUUGGUUUCCUUCCUGAUGCAUUCAGGCCUUGAGAAGAAAGACAUUCAGGGACAUUUACUGACCUUCUCAGCAGCAGCGCCCAUAGUUGCUAUCAGCACUUACUUCAUACUGCAGGCGACUGGAAGUUCCUCUCAUAACCAGAUGAAUGCAACAGGAGUGGGAAUGCUGUUCUCAGCAGGAACUUUCCUUUAUGUUGCCACGGUGCACGUUCUCCCUGAGAUCAGCAGUAGCAGCGCAGCAGAACCCUUCUCUAACCUGCAGGAGGAAACAGGAGCAGAAACCCACAAGGCAAGACAUCUGGGGCUCCUGGAGAGCCUCACCCUCAUCCUCGGUGUGGGGCUCCCAGUCAUAUUGGCCCUCAGCUUGCACGAUGACUGACGUAGAGUUUACUGUGAAGGAUGCAGAAUAAUACUUCCAAAACAAAAUCUUACCAAGUAUUUUUUGGUCUAGUUUCUAGUACAAAUAUCUUUUUACACUUGAAAUAAGACAAAACUAACAUACAACUAACUUUAGAGCAAGAUAUGGGAGGUGGUUUUAAGUCAGUAAUUUCUUAAUAUCGAUGGAAAAGUACUGCCUGUCGAACAAAACAUUAAAAUGUCCAGUUAUAUCUAGUACUUUCCGUCAGUAUUAAGGAAUUAUUGACUUAAAAUAAGUUCAUUUAUUAUGCUUAAAAGUUACUUGUAAGUUAGCUUUGUCUUAUAUCAAAUGUACUAAGAUAUUUCCAGUAGAAACUAGACCAGAAAUACUUGGUAAGAUGUAGUAUUUUUGCAGUGAAGAUAGAAUGAAGGAAAACCCGUCCACGUAUCUCAGCGUUAGGUUGUUCCUCAUGGGCGUGCUUCUGAUUCAUACUAACCUGACCCUUGAGCACUGCCACUGUUCUUGGAUCAACAAAGCUUUUCAGGAUUUGAAAGGACUUGGAUAUUUUAUACGCCGCUAUCCUUCAGUUGAGUUUCCAGUACAAGUAAACAAAACGAGGGACAUUUGUUAUUUGUUACGAAGCUAUUUAAUUUUUAAAAAACAAAACCGUGGUCAGGAGGUAGAUUUACAAGAACAAGAUAAUAAUUUGAUACUGUCAUGUGCACAGUAUGCAAUCUAGUUUGCACAGUUUGCACUAUUUUUGUGUUUAUUAUUAAGAGUUUGACAGGAAAAAGUGCCAAGUUGGAGAAUCAGAGAGAAACAUUCCUCCUCAUGAUUCGUCAGAAACAAACUCAUUGUCUUUUAUUUCUUUUCUUAGCCAAAAUGCCAAAUGUGACACCUGAACUUCAUGAAAAACAUUUUUAGAGCCAUAUUACUUCAUAACUUAUUGUUUUCAACAGUGUAUGUUUGAUUUAUUUUUAAGAAUGUAUUUUAAAAGUUUGGCUCUAUAAAGCUGUCUCUACUUAAAAUGUGCAAUAAUUGUUCAAAUAAACUGCGACACCAUAAAUUUAACACUGAAAAGUU